UUAGUCAAACCCAAUCUUUCUUCCAUGGCACAGAAACCUAGUAGUUGAUCAAAAAAAUAAAAAAGAAGUUGAGAUGGCCCUCUUAUUCCCAAUGAAUUUAGCAAAAUUUGCUUCUUUUGUAAUCACAUUAUUGGUUAUUGUGGUAGCUGGAGAUUGUGUUCGUGUUAUUUGUAGAAUGUCACCAUGUCCUAAAGCAAAUCCACCCUUGCCCGUUGAAAUCGUUUUCCAGCUACCCGCUCCAUUACCAAUUUGGCCAUCUGGAACAGGAUUUGCAACUAGGUUUUUGAGUCUGGGAGAUUUAAUAGUGUCAGAAGCAACAAAUUUUGAAGUAAUUUGGAGGACUCGCUCAGGUGGUCCAGACAACCUUGGAGCAACAUUUUUUGAACCCUCAACAACUGAUGAUACAGCAUAAGGAUACAAGGUGCUAGGUUACUAUAGCCAACCCAACAACAAGCCCUUUACUAGACGAUCUGUCCUAGCCUUUGAUAGGUACUUACGUGGAAAUGUAAAGGCUCCAGUGGAUUACAAUUAUGCGUGGAGUAGCAUGUAUUCAUCAGAUAUCGAUCAAGAUGGGUUUGGCUAUAUCUGGUGGCCAAAAUGCCCAGAUGGUUACAAAGCCUUAGGGCUUGUUGUCACAAACGCAACUCAAAAGCCAUCCCUAGAUAAAAUAAGUUGUGUUAAAGCUGUGCUCACUGAGCAAUGCGAGCAUUUCAACUGGAUUUAGGGUGCUGAAGGUAUCAAUU